UCGCUUUUCGAGUUCUGCAAGGUCGUCACGUGAGGGUUGGCGCUCGCCUUGAAAAAAAAACCAAAAAUAAAAAUCAGCGCUAAAGCGAGAAGAUGACUUUCGUUGCGUUGGUUUCCCCUCUCUUCGGGGGACGGCAGUUGACCCUGGCCGCCUCGACUUUACGCUCUGGCCUGCGGUUCUCGGUGCGGCCCCUGAAGGGUCAGAGUGUAAGACUCGGACUCCACAACCUGAAAAAACCCUCUUUCGUGAGAGCUGACAUCGCCCAAAAGGUCGCGAGCAUGGAUUCGACCUCAGAUCGAAGGUUUCUCGUCUGCCCCUUUUCAGCGCAGAAAGUGGCCUCCCAGCUGACGAGGGGGCGAAAUUUUGAGAAGUCCAAAACCUUCCUGCUGGAAUUUGAGGCAGGUCCUGGAGUAUUGACUCAAAAGUUGCUUAAUACUGGAGCCCACGUCAUAGCUCUGGAGAGUAAUAAAUCUUUUCUUCCUAAUUUAGAGUCUCUAAAGAAAGAAUUUGAAAGCCAAUUGGAAGUGGUGCAUUCCAACUUCGUAAAGUUGGAUACUAAUCCAUAUGCAUUGUUGAAGGGUGAAUUAUGUUCUGAAACACUUUUUAACAACCUGAAAAUCUUCGAAGUUCCUUGGACAUCAGAUGUUCCUCUAAAAGUGGUUGGAAUUGUCCCCCCUAAAAAUGAACGGACCUUUAUUUGGAAAUUUACUUAUUUUUUAUAUGAAUGCAGCUCUAUAUACAAUUAUGGAAGAAUAGAAUUGAACUUGUUUGUCAGUGAAAGAAUGUACAAGGUUUUUGUUGCAAAACCUCCAGAUAAAAAAUGUUACCAGCCACUAAGUGUACUUUGGCAAACAGCUUGUGAUAUUCAUCUUCUACACAAGAUACCUUGCUCUUCAUUUUUAACUACGUCAAGAAAAAAGUCAUCGGGAUCAAAUAGUGUGAAUGAACUCUUAUAUUUAGUACAACUAACACCACGCAAAGAUUUAUUUACAGACUUCUUGACAACUGCUAAUUCAAAAACAUUUAUUAUGAUGGUAAAGCAGUGUUUUGGUAAAGCCUCAAUUAAGCUACAUAACAAAUUGAAUUUAUGGACUUAUGAGAAUGCAAAGAACUUGCUGAGAGAAUUGGGGAUUCCAGAAGAUGUUACAGCUGGUGGUUUAUACCCAGAGGCAUACAAAUCUCUCUUUGAACUUAUGGAACAAUCUAAUCGAAUUGAUCGGAGUUUGUUCUGUGACAUUGAUUUAUUGGCAGAUGACAAUGUAAUUCUUUAAAAUUAAGACUAUUUAAUUUAUGUUUUUUUUUAAAACUGAAAUACAAUACAGAGGACCACAUCCCUUGGAAUUUUACAAAGAAGAUAACCCCUAUGUGUAUGAGGAUGACAAUUCUAGAAAAUUUAAAUUAUGCAAACAAGGAAAGUAUAAUGGAUCCCAAAUGAUCAACUCUGAAGUUGCUGUAUCUUGGAAACUACAAAGAUUGGAAAACAAUAUGUACAUCAUCAGUUCUGUGUAAAACAUAUACAGUGGGGCAAAAAAAUAUUUAGUCAGCCACCAAUUGUGCAAGUUCUCCCACUUAAAAAGAUAAGAGAGGCCUGUAAUUGACAUCAUAGGUAGACCUCAACUAUGAGAGACAAAAUGAGAAAACAAAUCCAGACAAUCACAUUGUCUGAUUUGGAAAGAAUUUAAUUGCAAAUUAUGGUGGAAAAUAGGUAUUUGGUCAAUAUUAAAAGUUCAUCUCAAUACUUUGUUAUAUAUCCUUUGUUGGCAAUGAGAGGUCAAACGUUUUCUGUAAGUCUUCACAAGGUUGGCACACACUGUUGCUGGUAUGUUGGCCCAUUCCUCCAUGCAGAUCUCCUCUAGAGCAGUGAUGUUUUGGGGCUGUCGCUGGGCAACACGGACUUUCAACUCCCUCCAAAGGUUUUCUAUGGAGUUGAGAUCUGGAGACUGGCUAGGCCACUCCAGGACCUUGAAAUGCUUCUUACAAAGCCACUCCUUUCAUCUGACCAUAUGACAUUCUCCCAAUUCUCUUCUGGAUCAUCCAAAUGCUCUCUAGCAAACUUCAGACAGGCCUGGACAUGUACUGGCAUAAGUAAGGGGACACGUCUGGCACUACAGGCCUCUCAUCUUUUUAAGUGGGAGAACUUGCACAAUUGGUGGUUGACUAAAUACUUUUUUGCCCCACUGUAUAUUAUAUAUUAUUAUAUAAUAUAAGACUUGGCAUUUGUCACUGUUGAAAUUUAUCUUGCUGGUUUCUACCCAUUUAUUCCGAUUUGAUAAAUUAUCUCCUAAACUUGAUAUUGUCCUCUGUUUAUUUUCCCUUUUUGCCUUUGUGUCAUCUAGAUUGAUUUUAUUUCCUAACCCUUCAUCCAAGUUAUAUGUUCAGGGGCACAAGCCUAGAAUGGAGCCCUUGUGUAAGCACUCAGUUCUUCUUUCCAACUUAAUGUGAUUUGCUGGGUAUGUUUGUUCAACUCAAUAUUCAUCCAAUGAUAUAAUAAUCGAGUUCAUCUUUUGCCAUGUUUUCUUCUAGUAUUUUAUUGGAGACUUCGUUGAAUACAAGUUAAACUGUCCACUGUCUGUUUCUAGUUAAUUAAAUUGUCAUUGUAUCAAAAAAGACAAUUAUGUUGAUUUGUCAUGAUCAGUGUGUUUCCCCAUACCAGAAUAAUAUAAACUUUUUUGAAUAAACUAAGAAAAUUAAGUUGAAAACUUGAAGUUCCAGCUUCAAGAUCCCUUUUGGUUUAGUAUAUUAAACUGCUACUGUAAUUCUAGCUUACUUAAGAAUAAGGCCAUACUAUCUCAAGUUUAUCAAUGAAUACCGUUAAUAUUUUAUUUAGAGAUGGCCACAUUUGCUAGCUACAGUCUGUGCUUUUGAGAAUGUAAAGGCUGAAGUAGGUGAUAUAUAAUGGAUGGGAUUUCUGUAUUUUCCUGGCUCUGGGAGAAAAUUCUUUUUCUCCUUAAUUCUAAUUGGGAUUUAUUUGUGCGAUUGGGAGAAAACCAAUGUUGCUAUUUCCAGGAAGCAUCAGAGUGAGUUUUGGGGCCAAAAAAAUGAGUGUCUUAGGGAGACAUGCAUACCUUGAGAUUCUUAGGUUUCUUUAGCUCUGAUUUAAAUUAAAUGCUGAUAACUAUUUGAGUCAUUUGGAUGACUCUUAAAAUAGGUCAUCCAAAUGACGCCUCCAAUUUUUUUGGCUCUUCCGUUAGUUUCCUUAAAACGUAAGCAAUUAAAAUAAAAAUAAUUAAAAUUUGGAUUUUUUUCAGGACAGAUGCAAAUAAGGCAACCAUUAACUAAAACAAAAAGGUAAUUGGGUUUUGCUAUUGCUUAUAAUCCAAACUCUUACGUACAUUUAGUUCCAAUGUUUCAUUUCUCUUUGCUUAUUCUGAAUUAGUUGCUAUUUUAAUACUUACUUUCAUGUUUGAAGAAAACUUUUUACAACUGAGAUUCCCUUUUCGAGACCUUCAUAAUUUGAUUGUUAAUGUUUUCAUUUUUAAUAAAAUACUUUUUAAGUUA